AUGGUCCAUUGUGGUUUCAAUCAAUCAAAGGCCGAUUAUUCCCUAUUCACUAAAGGUUCUGGGAAUGAAUUUGUGGCAUUGCUUGUGUAUAUAGAUGACAUUGUCAUCACUGGACCAAACAUUCAAGAUUUAGGGAAGUUGAAGUACUUCUUGGGCAUAGAAGUGGCUCGUUCUAACUCUAAGAUUGUCAUAUCACAAAGACAUUACGCCCUACAGUUGCUUGCGGAUUCAGGUUACCUGGACUGCAAAUUAACAAAUACUCCUAUGGAUCCAAAGGUUACCUUAAAUAUUCAUGAUGGAGACCUUCUGCCAGAUGCAUCUUCUUAUCACAGGUUGAUUGGAAAAUUGAUUUACCUGACAAUAUCACGACCAGAUAUUACUUUUGCUAUCUACAAGCUGAGCCAAUUUUUGUCAUAG